AUGAAGUACCAUUCCCUUCUUUUGCUGGGUGUUUAUCUCAGCAGAACAUACGCCCAUCACCAUGGCCAUCACCAGGAUCAUCACUAUGAUCCCCACUAUGAUCCUCACCAUAAUCCUCACCAUGACCCUCACCGUAAUCCUCACCAUAAUCCUCACCAUGAUCCUCACCAUGACGAUCACCACGACCGCCACCGUGGCCACGAUAUAGGAGGCGUACCUGCUGUCAGCACCGUAAUCCUCACUGUGACCCCAGUUCCAUCUGUGGCCCUUCCGCCUCUAAAGCCUUCGCCAAGUGCUUCUGGAAUCAGCUCUCUCGUCUCGAAGCCUUCGCCAAGUGCUUCGGGAAUUAGCUCUAUCGUCUCGAAGCCUUCGCCAAGUGCUUCAGGAAUCAGUUCCGUCGUCUCGAAGCCUUCACCAAGGACAGGUGCCGGGACCGGAUCUGGCGGUCACUAUGGACAUGAGGUUGCGGAUCCAAAUGCUCCGCACGACCACCCCACCGGCAGCACUCCUCCCUCUGCAAGCACGUCUGUUGGGAACGCCACGACAGUUGGAAACGCCACGUCAGGCGGCCAUUUUGGACAUGAGGCUGCGGACCCAAAUGCUCCCCACGAUCACCCCAUUGGCAGCACCCCCAGCUCUGGAAGUACGCCUGCUGGAAACGCCACGGCCAGCGGCCAUUUUGGACAUGAGGUUACAGAUCCGAAUGCUCCGCAUGAUCACGAGAUCGGCAUCCCCACCCCCUCUGCAAGCACUUCCGUUGGAAACGCUACGACCGGCACCCAUUUUGGACAUGAAGUUGCGGAUCCGAAUGCUCCACACGAUCACAAGAUCAGCAGCACCACACCAAUCGUCCCAGCUUCAAACAGUUCGGCUGCCGCGUAUACCGCCACCGCCAGUGCAGGCCACGGUCAUGGUGCGGGAAAUGCGAGUGACGAUCAUGGUCAUGGUUCGGGGAAUGCGAGUGACGGUCAUGGUCAUGGUUCGGAUGUUAUUGCGCCUCCUGCAGCCACAUCCACGGCUGGGGCCGAUCCCGACCAAAUUCCAGCCAACAUCUUCAUCGAGCCGGCGUUGAACGGAGAACACGGGGAAGGCAAAGCGCUUACCCCUGGCGGGCGACUUGUUACCUUGAAGUACGGUCCGUAUAAGGUGGACGCGGAAGGGAUGGUAUCGAAUCGGCCGCAGAUGAACAUGGAGAAGCCGUGCAGUGACUGCUAUAUUGUCGCGCUGCAGGCGGGAUUGCGGUACGAGGAUGGAACGGUGGCUAAUGUCGACAGUGGAGCGUGGCUGCACCACAUGGUGCUUUACCUCCGCGGGACUGGGAGGAAGGAUCUUGUCUGCGGUGGAACGCUUGGGAUCUACCCUCAACGAGUUUAUGCCUCGGGCAAUGAACGCGUCACCAGCCGUCUCAACAACCAUUACAAAUACGGCCUCCACGUCGGACAGGAAGAUUCCCUAGGUAUGAUCUACGAUCUCAUGAAUCAGGACACUACCGGAAAGACCUACUACCUCACCCUCACCUACGAGGUCGUGGACGGCGCCGCAGCUCAAGGCUACAAGGCUGCCGAGAUGGCUUGGCUCGACAUCACCGGCUGCGGUAUCUCUGAGUACCCUGCCCGCGAAGGCCUCUACGAAGUGAAAUCCGACGGCUGGAAUUCCACCAUCAACGGCCGCCUCCUCUCCGCCUCGGGCCACGUGCACAAUGGCGGCACUGAGACCGUCAUCUACCAGAACGGCGCGCCGAUCUGCGUCUCGAAGCAGUUCUACAAUACGAAGCCGGGCUUCGCGGCGACCGGGGCAGGGCACUCGCAUGGCCGGAAGACGAAGAGGGAGAGCGGGUUAAAUAUCAGUGAGGCACAGACAUGUUUGAAUUUUGCGGAUAUCAAGGUUGGGGAUACGUUGGUGGUGGGGGCGAAGUAUGAUACGGUGAAGUAUCCAUUGGAUCAGGAUCAUCAUGGAGGUGGUGGGCCGUCUGACAUCAUGGGUAUUAGUAGGGUGUAUAUCGGGAACUGA